UAUCGACGAAGGCACUAUCUGUGUUGAGGUGAAUUCUUCUCUAUUUUCGACAUGACAAAGUUUCGGAAGCUUGGCCGUCCUACCGGCCAUCGUAUGUCGAUGCUCAGGACGAUGGUAUCACAGUUGGUGAAGCACGAGCGUAUUGAAACUACGGUCGCCAAGGCGAAAGAAAUCAGGCGACUUGCUGAUAACAUGGUUCAGCUUGGGAAAGAGGGUUCUUUGUGUGCAGCAAGGCGUGCUGCUGCUUUUGUACGAGGUGAUGAUGUCAUUCACAAGCUAUUUACAGAGCUAGCCUAUCGCUACAAAGAUAGAGCAGGUGGAUAUACAAGAUUACUUCGAACUCGCAUACGAGUUGGCGAUGCUGCACCUAUGGCCUAUAUUGAGUUCGUUGACAGAGAGAAUGAACUUCGGCAGGCAAAGCCAGGAACUCCUCAACCACCGGCAAGAACGCCCUUGGAUCCUUGGACAAGGUCUCGCCUUAGCCAACAGUUUGCUCCUCCUAAAGAGGAUAAGAACUCUUCGGAACCUGAAAUUUAAGUAGAUGUUCGAAUCCUGCAAGAUUUUUACUAUGGUUUUUUGUGGUGGGGGGGAUUGGUGUUUAGAACCUACAAGUGUUCUUUCAUAUAAUUUUAACCAGUGAGGCUACAAUGGGUUGCCCAUAAAAUGGGGUAAGUGAAGAUGAAUUAAUUUUUUUUGAAGGAAAUGCACAUUUUAAUGCUUCUGUUAGGGUGAAAGAUGGGUCAGCCA